GCACAUUAUGAAUUAAUGUUCCGUCACCAAGGCUUAUUGGACAUUAGUUAUUAUCGGCUGUUGAAGUUGCUCAUUAAUUACCAUGGGAAACUUGUCGAUCCAUCGAUAUUUCACAAAAGUGUAACAUUUCUCUCUCGAUCGGAGAACGAAUCGUCUGCAUCACCUGUUAAGGAUGAAGAGGUAUUGAUCACUCAGAUCUACGUCCGCGACCCUGGAGAGAGAAAGAAUCCCGACACUAGUAUGGAAUUCAGAACCAAAGGACUCGCCAGACCAGAACGUUUCCGAAACUUGGGGAGCACUUCCAUCUAAUUAUCCUGUAACAUUAAGAUUCCUCUGUCUGUGCUUGAUUUCACUUCGUGUUUUAAAUGUCUGAGGUCGUGGCAAAUUUCAUUUUUAUCUUGAUUACUUGUUGAUUGGAGCUGGUUUCUUUUGUAUCGAUUGGAGGAAUGAUGUGUGGGUAUAUAGCCAUUUAAUGGAAAGUCUGCUGCCUUUUUCUGUUUGUAGUUUCACCAAAUAUUACUCAAACAUACUAUCUGGAUUUCAAAUUAGGCAUUGUGUCACCAGGACAAAUCUAUUAGGCCGCUUUAGUAAUAACUUUAUUGACUUAGAGAGAAAAUCUGUGCGUAUCAUUACAUCCGCGGGUGAUUUCCUUGUGGAGUAUUCUAAACACUAGGACCAAUAUUUACAUUCUUAUUCUAACCCCGUAAAAAUUUGUUUAAGUGAAGCCAUCGGUGUGGUUUAGCCCUCGCCUGACGAUCGUUUUAUGAUAUUGGUGUCAGGCCCGAUUAUUGCUAAAUCAAUCUAUCUUCUGCGAUAAAAGGAUUCAACGUAAAUAAGCGACUGACAAGAAGCUCUCGAACAAACCUUUUACUGGAGGGGGCAAUAUUUCAAAUAUGGACGGAAAGUUGAGUGCGGACUUGUUGAAAGUUCACAAUGCUAAUAUUAAGAGAGAACACACACCAGAAAAGGGCACGAUGGCAUCUUCAGCCAGCAACGUGAGCGGUCCAACAACGACCAGACUGAGUAUGAAGAGCAGGAUUCUGGGGGGUGGGGGAGGAGGGAGUCAGGAUAGAUCGGACAAACACUCGGAAACAAGUAGUAAAAUUUCCCUUGUUCCUGGAAACAGAUUCUCCAGAAUCCGGACAAAGUUAAGGUUACAUACCUUGUUUGGUGGUGCUUUAUCAAAACGGUCGGGAUCCGAAAGGGGAGGACCGACGAAGGCACUGGAGAAUACAUACAAAGUGGGUCCGGAGGACGGGACUAAAUUCAAUCCUCAAAAAGGAGAACAGAUCAUUUCUAAUGUGCUUAAUAUGUACUUGAAGGAUAGAGUUUACGACGAGAGAAAGUUUCCACAGUUGUGUAAAACCUUGUCUGAUUUAAUCAAGGAGCGUGUUAAACUCUCAGGACUCAAACGGUAUAAGGUGAUAGCGUAUGUUAUGGUGUUUGAAAAUAAGAAGCAAAGUAUUCACUACACGAGCCGGUGUCUUUGGGAAUCGAACCUCGACAACUACGCCUCCGCGACGUACAAUGGAACUGACUUCGUUGCCAUAGGAACUGUUUUUGCCACUUAUUACGACUGAAUUUAGUGCUGUUUGUGAUUAAUUAACGGAGGUACACUUCUCUGUCUGGAACACAUGAUCAUACUUUACUUGUACAAAAUAAAAUGUCAUUAUAGAAAAUAUACAGUUUUAAAGUAUGGAAAGUUUAACUUAAGUUUUAAACGUCAGUGUUUAAUUUGCAUAUAUAAUAUUUAUUAUUUUACAAUUAUCUUUAA